CACACAGUAUCAAACCGCUCCUCUUCCUGAAUGAAUCAAAGUCUGAUAACCCUCCCUCUUCUUCCUGCUCUCAAACACAGCCAGCUCCACCCUGUUCUUAUAUUUCCUUGUUCCCUCCCCUUCAGAUCUACAGUUUGAAGAUGGGUGGAACCAACAUGUGGUGAAGUGCAGGAGCUGACAGGCUCCGUCCACCCAGGAAACACAUGUUGUUUAGAUCAGAGCUCAAACUAGUUUCACUUCUGAGAAAGUGGAACUCAGACAGUCAUCGACACUGAGAGGUGAAAUGGCGGAGAAAGGACUUCAGCUGGACCGGGAAACCUUCUCUUGUUCCAUCUGUCUGGAUCUACUGAAGGAUCCGGUGACUGUUCCCUGUGGACACAGCUACUGCAUGAACUGUAUUAAAAGCUUCUGGGAUGAAGAGGAUGAGAAGGAAAUCCACAGCUGCCCUCAGUGUAGACAGACCUUCACACCGAGGCCUGUCCUGGAUGAAAACACCAUGUUAGCAGUUUUAGUGGAGGAGCUGAAGAAGACUGGACUCCAAGCUGCUCCUGCUGAUCACUGCUAUGCUGGACCUGAAGAUGUGGCCUGUGAUUUCUGCACUGGGAGGAAGAUGAAAGCUCAUAAGUCUUGUCUCCAGUGUCUGGCCUCUUACUGUGAGAAACACCUGCAGCCUCAUUUUAAAUCACCUACAUUUGAGAAACACAAGCUGGUGGACCCCUCCAAGAAGCUCAAGGAGAACAUCUGCUCUCGUCACGAUGAGGUGAUGAAGAUUUUCUGCCGCACUGAUCAGCAGUGUAUCUGUUAUCUCUGCUCCAUGAGUGAACAUAAAGGCCACGACACAGUCCCAGCAGCAGAGGAAAGGACUGAGAGGCAGAGAGAGCUCGAGCUGAGUCGACAAAAACUCCAGCAGAGAGUCCAGGACAGAGAGAAAGAUGUGAAGGAGCUUCAACAGGAGGUGGAGGCUAUCAGUCGCUCUGCUGAUAAAGCAGUGGAGGACAGUGAGAAGAUGUUCACUGAGCUGAUCCGUCUGAUGGAGAAAAGAAGGUCUGAUGUGAAGCAGCAGAUCAGAUCCCAGCAGGAAACUGAAGUGAGUCGAGUCAAAGAGCUUCAGGAGAAGCUGCAGCAGGAGAUCACUGAGCUGAAGAGGAAAGACGCUGAGCUGAAGCAGCUCUCACACACAGAGGAUCACAACCAGUUUCUACACAACUACCCCUCACUGUCAGCACUCAGUCAAUCUACACACUCAUCCAGCAUCAAGAUCCGUCCUCUCAGGUACUUUGAGGAUGUGACAGCAGCUGUGUCAGAGCUCAGAGAUAAACUACAGGACGUUCUGAGGGAGAAAUGGACAAACAUCUCACUGACACUGACUGAAGUGGAUGUUUUACUGUCACAACCAGAGCCCAAGACCAGAGCUGAGUUCUUAAGAUAUUCACAGGAAAUCACACUGGAUCCAAACACAGCAAACACACAUCUGUUAUUAUCUGAAGGAAACAGAAAAGCAACAUAUAUGAGUCAACAACAGUCUUAUUCUAGUCACCCAGACAGAUUCACUGAAUGUUUUCAGGUCCUGAGUAGAGAGAGUCUGACUGGACGUUGUUACUGGGAGGUGGAGUGGAGAGGAGGAUUAUUUGGAGGAGUUCAUGUAGCAGUCUCAUACAAGAAUAUCAGCCGAGCAGGGAGUGAGAAUGAAUGUAGAUUUGGAAACAAUGACAAAUCUUGGGUGUUAAGAUGUUCCCCAAACAGUUAUGACUUUUACUACAACAAGAUCAACACUCCAGUCUCAGGUCCUCUGUCCUCCAGAGUAGGAGUGUACCUGGAUCACAGAGCAGGUAUUCUGUCCUUCUACAGCAUCUCUGAAACCAUGACUCUCCUCCACAGAGUCCAGACCACAUUCACUCAGCCUCUCUAUGCUGGACUUUGGCUUUUCGGUUAUGGAGUCACUGCUGAGUUGUGUAAACUGAAUUAGACUAAAGUCCUUUAAGGAGCAGUGGGUCAAAAUCUGUGUUUGACUUCUUGAAUAUACUUAGUCUCCAUGUUCUUUGAUUAAAGCUCAUUGUUGUGUCAUUUCUGCACAGAGAUCACCUGUCAAUCAACAAGUGAUGCUCAGCUCUUUACCAUCUUCUCAUUUAUUGUCCUGUUGAUGUUUGAGUCUCUUUAGGUGGAGCUGGAGCCAUGGAGGAGAUCACUGCUCAGGAUGAUUUUCCUCUUUUACCUAAACUGACAUUUGUCCACAUGAAAACAGAAACUUGUCUGUGCUCUAAAUGAUUGUUGAAUAUUUCUUUGGAUGUGUUUGUAUGUUGUUGUUUCUCUUCCACUGCACGGGCCUCAACAGAGAAAUCACCACACCUUCCUUUAUCAGAGGCUGCACCUGGAAAUGAUUGGAAAUGUAUCAUUUGUCUGUUGUUUUUCAAUUCAUGUAAAUAUGAAAUUACUCAAAUGAUUCAAUAAAAUAUAUGAUCAGA